AUGACAAACUUCAAAUGGGCCUCGCUAGAAAAACCAUGGGCUAAUCUGCUUGGCCGUUACUGCCGUUUCAUUGCCAGGCAUCCAUGGCCAUUUAUCAUUGUUCCAACGGUUUUGACGUGUAUACUGUCAACGGGUAUCUUUUCUAAUUUUAAAAUUAUACGUGGAGUUCACUACCUCUAUGCACCACUGUAUGCACAAUGGAAAUCUGAAGAAGCAAUUUUUCAUGAAAAUUGGGCAGCUACUGACGAACAGUUUUAUCCCGGUAAAGAUAUAUUACGAAGAAAAGGUUUAUAUUUAGUAGCUGAAGCAAAAGAUAAGGGCAAUUUAUUACGACAACAGUAUGCCAAAGAAUUCGUUAUGCUAAUUGAUUGGGUCGCAAAUGAAACGCUAGUUACUUCUGAUAACAUUCAGUACAAAUAUCAAAAUAUCUGCUUGGAAUUUCAGAAUAGUUGCUUCUCCAAUGCUCACGCAAGAUUUGUUGCAGAAAUUUUUUCGAAGAAUGAUCAGUUUUACACUGAAUUAUCGGCUGAACCAAUCGAUCUUUCAACAACUUUGGGCGGGGUUACAACAGAUUCUGAAGGGCGACUAGUUAGCGCCACUGCUUGGAUGAUUCUUUAUCAAAUGAAACAGUUUGGCAACGAAUCAUUAAAACUGAGUUCCAAUUUUUUAAUGGCUAUAACCGAAAAAGUGAGGAGGAAACAAACGCCGACGACCUUACUAGACAUUUAUUACUUUCACUCAGAUACGUUUGAAGUGGAACUUGUUGAAACUAUUAACCGACUUUUCAGCUUUGCGUUAACAUUCACAAUUCUCAUCAUCUUCUCCGUCGUUUGUACCUUCAAUAUCAACUGGGUUGGUUACAGUGGACGUAUAAUUCCAUUGAUCGAUUGGGUAAUUUCAAAACCGUUGAUGGGAAUUAUUGGUGUUAUUGUCACAAUUAUGGCAAUAAUUUCUGCAAUGGGUUUACUGCUUCUAUUAGAUGUCACAUUUGUUGAUAUAGCUACAGUUAUGCCAUUUCUUAGCCUCACUGUUGGGAUCGAUGAUACAUUUCUGAUGCUGGCUGCAUGGCACGAAACGAGCAGGCAACUUAGUGUUGAGGAACGAAUUGAGCAAUCUAUGCGGCACGCGGCAGUAUCCAUUAGUAUCACUUCACUGACAGAUGCAAUAGCAUUCUUGAUCGGUGCAAUAGCGCCGUUACCAGCAGUAAUCUAUUUCUGUUAUUAUUCGUCAGCAGCAAUUUGUUUUAUUUUCUGCUACUCGUUAACAAUAUUCGUUGCCUGUCUGUCAAUUCAAGGACGAUGGGAAAAGGCAAACCGUAACAGUCUUUUAUGGAUCAAAACUAAACCGCUGUCUGAAAUUGGUAUCUUUUUGGAUUCUUCAUACAAACGUAUCGGCUUGUUGAAGCGAUACGUUGGAACAAAAAAUGUCUUCCACAGAAACAAACAAACUGACGACAACCGUCUAUGGUAUCAACGAUUUUUUGAAGAUCUCUAUGCUCCAUUUAUUGCCCAUCCGAUCAUACAGCUUUUUGCCUUUUUUUCGUUUGUUGCAUAUGUUUGGAUAGCUUAUGAAGGUGUUCAAAGAGUAGUUGUCGGUUUUGACUUAACUGACAGAUCUACUCCAGUUACAAUGCCAUUUCAGCCCGUCAACAUCAUACGAAAAGAUUCGCCUUCACGCAGAUUUUUUGAAAUACGAUCACAGUUGUUCCCUGAAGAUGUUUCAAAAAUUGAUGUCGCUAUAAUGCACCCACCAAAUAUGGGUAACGAAGAGCAAAGGAAUAAAUUUCUAGCUGCUCUUGAAGAGGUGGAAAACUCGGUCUGUAGUCGCGGGAGAAACUCGACUGAUUUCUGGUAUUUUGCGUACCAAAAAUAUUUGGCACAACUUGGUUUCGGUGAUUUUUGGGAAGAUCUCAACGAGAACGAAGAAAACAACCUUAAAGGCUUUCUGAUGGCUAACGAAAAGUAUGCACAUGAUAUUUUGUACAGUGAAAACGGUACUUUUCGGGCUUUUCGAUUUACGACUCAACUUGUAGACUUGCCAACGGAUGAAAGAAUUAUGAACUGCGCUCGAAUUAUUCGAGGCAUUGCUAACGCACAUAAAGAUGACUACAACAUGAGUACCUACACGCCGUUAUGGGUGCUGGCAGACCAGUUUGAAAUUAUGUGGCCACAAACACUACAAGACCUAUAUAUCUCCAUUGCGGUAAUGAUACCAAUCUCCUUGAUUUUAAUUCCUCAGCCAUUGUGUGCCUUAGUAGUAGCCUUAAACAUCGCCUCAAUUGCAUUUGGUGUAAUCGGCUUCAUGACUUGGUGGAAGGUCAACCUAGAUGCAACUUCAAUGAUAACGAUUGCCAUGUCUGUUGGAUUUAGUGUCGACUUUGCAGCUCAUAUUACUUAUGGCUACAUGACGGAAGGAAAAAAAAACACUCCUUAUUGGCGCUUAGUUGGGGCAUUAGGAGCAGUUGGUUGGCCUGUAUCUCAAGCCUCCAUAUCAGUCUUAAUCGGCAUCAUUACCUUAGCAACAAUGGAUUCAUUCAUAGUUCAAACGUGUUUCAAAACAGUAUUUCUUGUCGUCGUUUUUGGAACCGUACAUGCUUUACUCUACCUACCAUUAAUUUUAAUGCUUAUUCACUGGAUUUAUUUACGGUUUACCUUAUUAUGGAGAAGAACUGGAAGAAGCAAUACAGUCCAACCUGCAUAA